CCCCCCCCCUUUUUUUUCUUCCCCCUGCGCUGAUGCCGAAAGGGGUGUUUUUGAUGUGGUUGCUUUGGUGGUGAUCGUCGCUGACUUUCCAAAGAGGGUGUUUUCGCUGCUGCUGCUGCUGCUGCUGCUUCUCUCCGCGUUGUGUGUGUGCGCGCGUGUUUUUUUUUUGGUUGCUGCAUCGACGCUGGGAAGAUGCUUCUGGAUGCUGGACCGCAGUAUCCCGCCAUAGGAGUCACUACCUUCGGAUCUUCUCGCCAUCACUCCACGGCCGAUGUCACGGACAGAGAAGUGGGGCUGGGGAUCAACCCCUUCGCCGACGGCAUGGGCGCCUUCAAAAUCAAUCCCAGCACCCACGAGCUGGCCUCGGCCGGACAGACCGCCUUCACCUCACAGGCGCCCGGCUACGCGGCGGCGGCCCUGGGGCACCACCACCACCCGACCCAUGUCAGCUCCUACUCCAGCGCCGCCUUCAACUCCACCCGGGACUUUCUGUUCCGCAACCGCGGCUUCGGGGAGGCAGCGGCCGCCAGCGCCCAGCACAGCCUCUUCGCCUCCGCUGCCGGCGGCUUCGCCGGACCCCAUGGACACACCGAUGCCGCAGGACAUAUACUUUUCCCGGGGCUGCACGAACAAGCAACCAGCCACGCUUCUCCUAACGUGGUGAACGGGCAGAUGCGCCUGGGCUUCUCCGGAGACAUGUACGGCAGACCCGACCAGUAUGGCCAGGUCACCAGCCCUCGCUCAGAGCACUACGCCUCGACCCAGCUGCACGGCUACGGCCACAUGAACAUGAACAUGGCAGCCCACCACGGGGCAGGGGCCUUCUUUCGUUACAUGAGGCAGCCCAUCAAACAGGAACUCAUCUGUAAGUGGAUUGAACCCGAGCAAUUGUCAAACCCCAAAAAGUCCUGCAACAAAACUUUCAGCACGAUGCACGAGCUGGUGACUCAUGUCACGGUGGAGCACGUUGGAGGACCCGAGCAGUCCAAUCACAUAUGUUUCUGGGAAGAGUGUCCAAGAGAAGGGAAACCUUUCAAGGCCAAAUACAAACUUGUAAAUCACAUCAGAGUCCACACAGGUGAAAAACCUUUCCCCUGCCCUUUCCCAGGCUGUGGCAAAGUGUUUGCCAGAUCAGAGAAUCUCAAAAUACACAAAAGAACUCAUACAGGUGAAAAACCAUUUAAGUGUGAAUUCGAGGGCUGUGACAGGCGCUUUGCAAACAGCAGCGACCGCAAAAAGCACAUGCAUGUGCACACUUCCGACAAGCCCUAUCUCUGCAAAAUGUGUGACAAGUCCUACACGCACCCCAGCUCCCUCAGAAAGCACAUGAAGGUCCAUGAAUCAUCCUCGCAGGGGUCCCAGCCUUCUCCCGCCGCCAGCUCAGGCUAUGAGUCCUCCACCCCUCCAACCAUCGUGUCUCCAUCCACAGAAAACCAGACCGCCAGCUCCUUAUCCCCUUCCUCCUCCGCAGUCCACCACACGUCCAGCCACAGCACGCUUACAUCAAAUUUUAACGAAUGGUACGUCUAAAACGCUAAAACAAAACAACAAAAAAACCACAAACCGAAACAAAACAAAAAAGCCCCAAGCGAGCAAGCAAAUACCGUAUUUAAAGACUCCAAAAAUAAUGAACACUUUGAAAUCAGGAUUUAAAUGAGCAAACAAAAAUAAAAUGCUGCCAGUAGACCCAGAACUGAAUAAAACGAAGAGUUAAUUUUUAAAAUUUUUGUUUUGUUUUCUUUCUUUCCCCCCCCUUAUUAUUUUUUUAAUCCUGUUUAUUAGUUGUGGUGGGUGUUUUUUUUUUAGUUUUUUGGUUGUUGUGGUUGGUGUUUUUUUUUUUUUGUUUAUUUUGUGUUUUUUUUUUUAACCGUUCUGUUCCAAGGCUUGGUAGGCAAAGGGGUUAGUAGAAUGCAUAAGAAGACAAGGUUACCAGGGCAAAUGCCAACUGCGUAGGGCUUUACUGGAAACCACUGAUUAGAGAUCUCCAACUGCAUGUCUGCUCGGGCAGCGGCCUUCCCCCCAUCCCCUCUUGUAAAUACAGAAUUAUUAGCUUCAAAAA